GCUUCGACGGUUCUGGAUAGCAUAUUAGGUCGUCGGCGACGGAGUUAUGAGAAACCGAUACGGAUUCUUGGCGUCCCCUGCGACUCUGUUUCCGUGUUCGUACGAUUUCUCUAUUCCUUCAAGUGUACUAAGGAGCAGAUGGAGAAACAUGGUAUUCAUCUGCUAGCACUUUCUCAUGUGUACUUAGUACCAUGCCUAAAACACAGAUGCACCAAAGCAUUGGCCGAGCAAUUGACAAUUGAAAAUGUAAUAGAUAUGAUUCAAUUCGCGAGGCUAUGUGAUGCACCUCAUCUCUACCUCAAAUGUAUGAAAUUUUUGCGGAGUAAUUUCAGGAAAGUUGAAGAAACUGAAGGCUGGAAGUUCCUUCAACAUCAUGAUCCCCUGCUUGAGCUCGAAAUUUUACAGUUCACUGAUGAGGCCGAGUUGCGGAAGAAGAGGAGGAGGAGACACACACGGGAGCAGAACUUGUAUUUACAGUUAAGCGAAGGGAUGGAUUGUUUAGAGCAUAUAUGCAGGGAAGGAUGUACAAGCGUAGGGCCAUAUGACGAAGAGUACUCUUGUCAAAAGAAGUUGCCAUGUAGCAAGUUUGAUACAUGCCAAGGCCUCCAGAUUUUGAUUAGACAUUUCUCUACUUGUAAGAGAAGGGUAAAGGGAAGUUGUUCCCAGUGCAAACGGAUGUGGCAGCUCCUAAGGUUACACGCAUCGAUUUGUGACCAACCUCACGAUUGUCGAGUUCCUCUUUGCAGAGAAUUCAAACAGAAAUUGGAAAAAAGGGGAGAUGAUGAGCUAUGGAAAUCACUUGUUAGAAAAGUGGUGUCAGCCAGGGCCAUGACUUUUUUAUCUCUGCCUAAAAGAAAGAGAGAAGAAGAAGAGCCAAGAUUAAACUUGAGGGAUCAUCAAAUAAGACGCUUUUUAGAUUAA